AUGGCACAACCAUUCGAUCCAGAAACAGCUGGGAACGCAGCUGAAAUAGAACAACAAUUCGCCGUUAAAACAGUCGAACAUCUCGAGACAUAUGAAAAACUUAUCACUUCUUUACCUCCAAAUAAACUUAAGCUCACCCCUAUAGAUGACGAAAUACAUGAACAUUUCUUAACUCAUUUUCCUGAAUAUAAAUGGGAAGACGCUCUUAGGAACUUAGAUGAAGAUGAAAUGAAAUCUUCUCAUGGGAAAGAAAAAUGGAGACAUUUCAUACAAGUCUAUGAAAAAAAGUUGAAAGAUUAUAAUUUUGGGACACUUGUGAGAAAAGAUUCAGAAAAACUUUAUUCGGAAGAAAAUUCAAUUUUGGUCACUCGUAUUCAAUUCUUCGCUAUAGAAAUCUCACGGAAUCGAGCUGGUCUCAAUGACAAAAUAUAUCACGAGGCUCAACGAAGAAAAAAGGCAUCAUGA